ACUAAUAAAAUCACUUUUUGGCAAAAUUUUUUAACUUUCAUGGACCAUGGCGAUUCCCGAUGCUUCAAUCCAUGACUAUGAAUUCCACGAGAAGCUUGGUGCCGGCACUUAUGCUACCGUUUAUCGAGCAACAAAGACCUUAACUGGCGAAGUUUGCGCCAUCAAGUGCAUCGAACGCUCGAAGCUGAGUUGUCAAGCAGCUGAGGACAACAUUAUCACGGAAAUUCAACUUUUGAAGACUUUGAAGCACAAACACAUUGUCGAAAUGAAGGAUUUUCUGUGGGACAAGAAGCAAAUUUACAUCAUCACGGAAUACUGCAACGGCGGCGACCUUUCCUCGUACAUCAAGCGACGUCAUUCGUUGCCCGAGUCCAUUUGCAAGACAUUCCUCCGUCAGCUAGCGCUUGCCAUGCAAUACAUGCGAGCCCAUGACGUCAGUCAUUUCGACUUGAAGCCUCAAAAUUUACUUUUGUGUCGCGAACCUGGGCGAUAUGUGCUCAAAAUUGCCGAUUUUGGGUUCGCCCAGCAUCUGAAACUCGGUCAAGAGAAUCACACGAUCAAGGGAAGUUUGCUCUACAUGGCGCCCGAAAUCCUCCUGCGCGAAUCUUAUGACCACACCGCGGAUUUGUGGAGUAUCGGCGUCAUUUUCUACGAAUGUCUCUUCGGGCGAGCGCCUUACAGGUCGGCAACAGUCCAGGAAUUGCUCGAAAAAGUUCGUUCCCGACAAAAAAUUGAAUUUCCCGCCCAUACAAAAAUCUCCAACGAGUGCGAACAUUUGUUGAAGCAACUUUUGCGACACAAUCCGCAGCAAAGAAUCUCCUUUGAGGACUUUUUCGCGCACGAUUUUAUCGAUUUGAAGCAUUUUCCGUCGGAAGAAACGCUCAAAAAGUCCAUCGAGAUCUUCACGAGAGCCGUGAGUGAGGAUAAAGACGGAAAAUUGCAGGAAGCGUACGAUUCGUACUGCGAAGGCUUGAAAUAUCUCACGCCGAUCGUGAAUGAAGAGCCAAAUGCGUCGAAAAGACAAGCGCUGAGGCAGCAAGCGAACGCUUAUGUCAAGCGGGCGGAGGAAAUUCGGAAGUUUUUGAAGAGUUCGAGUGGUUUGCAGAACAUUGAGACGCCGCAAGAAAGUGUGACGGUGCAUCAAGCGCCGCAGAUUUCGAGAAUGAACUCCGUUGAUAACGUUUUGGAUCCGGGAAUUCGCUUUCAAACGCUUUACACAAGUUCAAAAUCAAGUCCCGCAAUUUGUCACGCCUUAGACAUUGGUCGUCAAGCAGAGCUUUAUGCCCAUGAGAAAAAUUUCACAACAGCUUUGCAGAGUUUUCAAAGUGCCUUAGGUUCGUUGGUCCCAUUAUUGCAAAAAGAGCCAAAAGGACCUCGAAGGGACAUGUUGCACUCGCAAAUCAUGGAAUGGAUGGAUGCAGCUGAAAAUAUUAAGGCCUAUUUGGAGCCCAAAGACGAAAGUGGCGCGAAUUCCUCGUUAGAUGAUGAUCAUCACGCUUGUGUUUUGCAAUAAAUUGACAUGAAUUUUAAUUUUAAGAUAUUUAAAGUAUUCCAAUAACUUACUUACCUCCGUUAUUUUAAAAAAUUAAUUGUAAGCUUCAGAGAAAUUUUUGAUCAAUGGAUGAAUUUUUUGACAAAAAAUUAAUUUUAUAAGCAAUUUAUUUGUUAUUUUCUGUAAUUUUUUUUGAAAAUAAAGAAUUUUAG